AUAUGGAGGCCUGUCACAGCUUUGUUGUUCUAUCCCGUGUCUCCAUCAACUGGGUUUCAUUUCCUAAUCAAUCUCUAUUUCUUGUAUUCGUACUCCUCUCGAUUGGAAAACGGCAUGUUCCUUGGGCGCACUGCAGAUUACGUAUUUAUGUUUUUGUUUACCUGGAUAGCACUGGUGAUUGUCAGUUUCUUGGCUUCAUUUUAUGUAAGUUAAAUGUCAGGGUUUGUUUGUCAUAA